CAGCAGAGAGACACAGUCAAGCUUUCAGCUCACUAUACAUGGCUGUGACUGGAGAUGAGACAGAAUCAGGAGGAGGGUGUGGAGAGUGCUGAUCAACGGGAGAGUGAGAUAAAGGCAAGCCAGAGGCGCCAGAUCGAGAGAGAGCGAGAGAGACGCACGUGGCUGCAUUGCAUCCACUACUGCAGAUAUGUCGUCGUAUCAGAUUCACUCUUCUACCUCUAGGAGUUCCAAGGUGAUGGGUAGCUCACCUGACUCUUUACCCAGCCCUCAGGAACUGGCUGAGGAGGCAUCACGCAAGAGGGAACUCCGUCUGUUGAAAAACAGGGAGGCUGCCCGGGAAUGCCGUCAGAAGAAGAAAGAAUAUGUCAAAUGUCUCGAGAACAGAGUUGCUGUACUUGAAAAACAAAACAUGAUGCUCAUCGAAGAACUCAAGGCUCUUAAAAAUCUGUAUUCUCACAAAAAUGAAUAGCAACAAUCCAAUACAAGCCACACACUAAAGACUUUGCCGUGUACAGACUUGCCACAAAGUGGAAAACAGGCUUUUCACAAAAUGUCUAGCCACCACGGUGACCACUCACAACAAUCGGAUAAGGUGAUGGCUGCAUGGUUGUGUUGUCCCACGUGCUGAAGAUGGUGAUGUGUGCUUGCGUGUAUGCUGGUGGAUACAGAAAGCUCCAAAGCAAGUGAAUAUGCUGUGUUGCCUGUGUUACUUGUGCUUUUUGCAGGGUUGUUGGCCAGACAGUGCUGUUUCAGGAGAAAGGAGUAUGUGCAAAGUCUAGAGACCCUCCUUGCCACGAUGGAAAUCCGGUACAAGAAACUAAAUGAAGAACUGAAGCAUCUAAAGGAAUCCUGUAAAUAGCACACCAGACUGCAGUUCUCACGCCUUCCCCUUUUUGACUCCUGUUCCUAUUUUAAUGUUGAAUAUUGCUGUCAUAUGUGUGUGUGUUUUAUAUCUUCUGUGAAAACUGAACACCAGACCAGCACAAUACUGCCUAUGCUAAUUUUGAAAGGUUUUAUAUUGAAAACUAGAUUCAAUAUUUGACAUGUUUACAGUUAAAACUGAGGAAAGUAUCUAGAGAUAUUUCUCUGAAUGUCCUCUGUAUGUAAUUUCAGAAGGCCACAUUAAUCAGUGUUAUGCAGUCAUCAUUCACUCACACCAAAAACUGAUGUGAAUAUAGUAACUGUAAAUGUACAUAUAUAUAUUUAAUAAAUAUUGCUU